AUGAUAGAAUGCUUAUUUUCUCCUGAAACAUGCGAUGGAUGUCAGAGACAAAUCUUUAAUGAAGAGAAAUUGGGAAUAUUUGAUGUAUGCUUAAAUAUAUCAAAAUGUGAAACAAAUUUUAAGAAGGGAAAUACAGAAAGAUCAAAUGAGUUGAUUCUACUGGACCAAGAAACUUUUUACAUAAUAAAUCCAAAGAAUCCAGAUUUAAAAACUGAAAUGUUAUUUUUCGGUGGUGAAUCUUCCAUGAGAAUUUUUAUUGAUGGAGUAAUAGAGGAUGAUCAGUUUCAAGAAUUGCUUAAAGGAAUUGCUUUAGUAAAGAUAACUUCAAUAAAAAAUAUAGUAUCUGAGCUGGUUUAUGCUCUUAGUAAGUUUAAUUCUGAAACAGGGAAAGGCUUUAGCUGUCUAGCUUAUAUAAGAAUCAAAGAAGAGAGAUUUUUGGUAUUUGGAAGGGAUAGGCUUGGAGAUUCAAGCCUACUGAUCAGUGUAGGUAGUAAAGGGAAAGAAUUAAUUAUAUCUAAUAUAGAAAGCGAACUUCUGAAUUUUCAAGAGGAUGUUCAGUCAAUAGAAGUACCAGUCACUGGUAUGUUUUCACUUGAUUUAUCAAGAUUAGAAUUUGAAUUUUAUCCAUGGGAAGUUACUCCACCUUACAUGACUCCCAGUUAUUGGGGUAAAGAAGGCCAACAAACAUUAGAAUCAUUAGAGGAAGAUUCGAGAAAACUCUUGGAGUCACUUAGGUUAGUUUUUGCAAGAGAAAUGGAGAAAAGACUUACAUUUGAGUUAUUUGAAGACAAAGCUUUUGUAUAUAUGGGUAUGUUAUUUUCAGGAGGCCUAGAUUCUACGGUAUUAUUAUACUUGCUAUUAGAGUGGUUGUUCUCAAGCUUGGAAAAUUUGGGAGUCGAUAUUAUAAAGAGAUUCUUUUCCAAUGAAAAUUUUGCAGAAGUUCAAAUUAAUAAAAAUAAUUUGUUCUUCAUUGUUGAAUUAAUUAAUACAAGUUUUGCUCCAAGUGAAGCACCGGAUAGGUUAACCGGUCUAGCCAGUUAUUACGAGAUUUUGGAUCUAUUCAAGAGUUACCUAUGGAAAUAUAAAAAUGUUUCAAUUAGACUAAUAUGCGUAGACAAUCCAGGCGAUAGUUUGACUAGAGAAGAAAAAAACAUAUUAAAAUGCAUAUCUCCAUGUAGAACUCACCUGGAUUUUAACAUUGGGGGUGCCUUAUUUUUUGCACUAGGAGGAAAAGGGAUAUUAGCCGAUAAAGAAAGCUUUAAAGAAGAAUGGUGGCAAGAAAUAAUAUCAGAAAAUGAAAAUUCAAACAUUUGGAAUGGGGUUUUUGAGAAGAAAUCUCCUUUUUCAGAAACUUUCAUUAAAGUUCCUAAAGUUAACAAGUUUGAAGAAUGCAACAACGAAUUUAAUUUUCAAAGAAAAUGUCCAUAUUGUUCUUUCAGAGAACAUUCUAAAUGCGAAAAUAAAUGUUGUAAAUCAUGUUGCAGAAAAAUCCAACAAAAUUUAAUUAAACCAAUUGGCGAGAGCUCCCCAGCAUGUAGAGUUCACAAAAUGAAGACAGCAGAUUUUAGUAAAAUCCCGUCUACUCAAAGGUUCAUUGAUCCAAAAAAUUAUUACUUGUGUGAAACCAAUAUCAAUAAAAUUUUGUUUCCACAAGAACAAGAGUAUGUAAAAGGUCUCAUUACUACUGAAGAUGGCAAACUAUUAUACAAUUCAAAAUCCAAAUUUUUAAUUGUAGGAAGUGGAGCUGAUGAGUUUCUUGGAGGGUACGGUAGACAUAUCACAGCUAAAAAACACAAUGGCUCAGAAGGUAUUAAAAAAGAAAUGCUUUUCGAUAUUAAUAGAUUGUGGAUCCGAAAUCUCGGAAGAGACUAUAGGCUUGCCUUAUUCAAUAAUAGAAAGCUGUUUGCAGUAUUCUUACAUCCACUUGUAAUCAAUUCAAUUGGAGAAUUGAGUUUUGAGAAUAUUUGUGGCUCGAAAUUUGAAGUUACCAAACCCUUGUUAAGAUUUAUUGCUAAUAAGUUGGGAAUUCAAUUUUCUUCCAAAUUCAAAAAGAGAGCUGUUCAAUUCGGAACCAGAUCUUCUAGACAGACUAACCUUAAACAUUUUGAUAGCAAUAGAAAAGCAACAGCUGACGCCACUUAUAUUCCCGUUAAUAUUUAG